UUAUAUAAAAUUAAUAAAUUAUUAUUAAAAUACCUAACUUAAAGAUGUCCCACAAAAAAAAUUUCAUUCGAAGUUUUGCCCAACUGUUUUGACUUGCAGUUAAAGAAACGAAUAAAUAAAUAAAUAAAAUAAAAUAAAAUAAAAAUAAAAGAAAAAUCAUAUAUAUAUAUAUAUACAUAUAUAAAAUAAUUCUGAUGUUGUCGUAUAGUAUGGAAGCAGUAUGUCCAACUCUUUAGUUACGUUGUCAUCCUUUAAUUUGUUAUUUUUUACACAAGUGCUAACAGUGUUAACAUCAAGCAUCAAAUACAACGAAUACGUGACAGAUAAAGGUAAAAAUAUAUCAAUACCAUGCAUUGCUGAUGGUAACACAAUGUGGGUGAAAGAGAAUGGCAACAACAGCACCAUUGUACAGGCUGGCAAAUACUUGGUGCUGACAAAUGUCACAGCUUCUGAUAAAGGAGUCUAUGUGUGUUUUGCUGCUGUGUUGCCAAGUCGAUUGGGUGACGACAACGAUUUUAGUAUACAAACGACAGAAAGUGAAAAGUUAGCUAAUGUUAUGGCACACGAUGAUGAAAGUCAAACGACAACAGCAAUAUCAAGGGUUAGAACAACGCCGAGCAAUGAUUCAUAUGAAUUAAGCAGUGUGCACAUUAAUGCGGACAGCAGUAACCAUAACAUAAAUGCUUCAACUACCUCAAUGCUUCCAAUGCCUCAAAUAAAUGCAUCAUUAACAGCCACAGCGAGAACAUCAACAAAUGCUAUUUUAAGAACUUCAAGUAGUAACGUUACAAGCAACAAAAACAUCAUCAUUAGCGACACUAGCAAUAACAGAAGUAGUAAUAAUUUUAGCCUUACCACGACUACAACAACGCCAUCUGAAGUGAUUGAGCAAGAGUUUCGGGCAUUUCAAAAAGUCAACCUCACCGUACGAACCCCACCUGGCCCUGUAACACAAUUGUACUUUAAAGCCUCCACCAUAUUAGGUUUUCUGGUAUGGCGUUUUAAUAAAAGCGAUUCAGGUGGUUAUCCGGUGCGUAGUUUCACCGCCGAAUAUCGUAAUGUUUCAUAUAAAGAACCGCCAUUUAAUAACAGCUUUGAGCAUCAAUGGAGUCGUAUGGAUCCCAUUAAUAUAGCGCCAAAUGUGCGACAAAUGGAAGUGUAUCGCUUGGAACCUAACACCACAUAUGAAUUUCGAAUAUGGGCUAAUAAUCAAUUGGGCAGUGGUGAAGUGGUAACAACCAAUGUAACCACUUUACCCGAAACGAAGGAAGAAGAUUUAAUACGCCUUAUACAACCUGAUUUAGAUAAUUUUGAUCCACGUAUUUGGAUAGUUGCUGUCAGUAUAGUACUUGGAACCUGUGUGAUAUUAGCUAUUGGAUUAUGUAUAGUUCUAUCGAAAGAGUGCUAUCAAUCAUCGCAAGCGGAAUAUGAAGAUGGCUGGGAUAGCAUUGAGCUGAUACCAAACAUAAUUCUUAAUCCGGGCUUUUGCGAGGCAGAUAAUCAACGCGAGGCACCAUUUACGCGUACAAUUAUAUUCGGUGAAGAUGACGAUAGCGAUGAUAGCUGCGAAUCGGAAUCGGAUCAUGAGCCGCGUAUGGAAAAAUUCAAACGGAAAUUAUCAGUAUUUUUUACAGAUCCCACCAUCAAACGUAUUUGAGAGUACAAAAUGCCAGUGGAAACAAAAUUGAAAUUUUGCUUAAUUAAAUGGUUGCUUUUUGACGAAACACUUCUAAUAAAUUCAUAGUUUUGAAUUUCUAUAAAAAGAGAUAUGUAUAAAUCAUAUACGUAUACAGAUACAUACAUACAUACAUACAUAUAUAU